AUGAAAGGCUACCAUCCGAUCAUGUCGCUGUACGAACGAGUACUCUCUGCAUUUGCGUACAAGGUGGUCGAUGAAAUUGUAAUUGGUGCUCCUUUGGUGAUAACAGACGAGCUUAUCGACAGAUUCAAAAUUGAUGUGGUCGUUGAGGGACGUGUUGGGAAUUCUACACAAAGAACAUUUCUCUAUCCCCAAGAGGCGAGGAAUUUACAGAAUGAUUGA